AUGACCGAGUCGCAAUCCUCCUCCCGCUUUCUAGCCCCAGCUCCUGGUCAGCUCUCGAACGUCAAGGUGCCGGACAAUGUAAUUCAGGGUCACAAGCACAAGACCGCCGCCUGCAAGACGUGUAAGCAGAAGAAGCUCAAGUAUAGAGGUGACCCACUAUGUCAACACUGUGUGGCAAACAGCAUCCCAUGUCUGGUCGACGCGAUGGCCGACAUGCGCCGCAAAUAUACUAUGAAGCGCAAGCUAGAGUGUCUUAAACAAGCUGAAAAAACCCUCUUACAGUUGAUUAAUACUCUGCAGAAAAGUGAGAGUAAACAUCUGGAGCAGCUUUUGAAUCUCAUCCGGAGUAAUGCCCCCUUCAAGGGACUCCAAAUAUUCCUGGACCAAAUCUCUUGUCUCUCUAAUAAUAAUAACAAGGAGCAACCAUCCUCUCAAACCAGAAACCUCUAUCAUGUCCUGGAUAUCCGCUGUCUCGCUGAUAGCCCUGUUCAUCGAGUCCCUGCGAAGCCGUGGACCAGUAUCAUUAAUGACAAUGACCUUAUAUCCCACCUCAUUUCGCUUGUAUUACUCACCGUUCCUCACGACAUAUUCACACGGGGAGACUAUUUUUACGAAGAAGCCCGUCGGCUCCUGGAAGAGGAGGAGGGAGCAACAAUCCCAACUAUUCAAGGACUUCUGGUUCUGUUUACUCGGAUGAUUCUGAUGGGCAAAGACCGGUUAGGCUGGAUGUAUCUGGAUCUGGCCAUCCGGACAACAGAGAAGUAUGCGGAAAGCCAUCCACCUGGCCAGGAGUCAGAUAUUACAAUUAAGAUUAUCAUGAACAGAACUCUCUGGGGGGCCUUUAAUAUUAUUUUGACGGUAACAGUAUUGCUGAUGAAGUAUAUCAAUGUUAAACCCCCGCAGCGUCCGCGUGCCCCCGUUACCCAUGGCGGUGCGCAUGAUGUCUGGUAUCCAUACCUGCGAGAGGUGGACGCUGUUCGCGGCCAUCACAAUUAUAUAUUCAACCGAUGGUGUGACUUUUGCUACAUCAUAAUACAGAUCAGUAUGGGCUUUUAUGAUGUGGAGCACCUUGUUGCCCCUUCACAGAUGAUUAGAUUCAUCAAUAACAUCUACAAACAGUUCCAGAAAUGGCAUGCCUAUCUGCCGCUGUGCUUGAGCACAGAGAUGGCGACUGUUCCCUAUAUCUUGAGUCUUCAUCUGCUUUACCACACCACCGUCAUGCAGAUUUUUGGGUUUAUCCGGUCCAACCGUGAGAUCAAUUUCGAUGUACCUACCGCCGUACAUGCACGAGAGCUCAGCCUAUCGUCGGCGCGCCGGAUGGUGGCGCUGCUGCGAGUUUAUCGCGACAAAUGGGGCAUCGACCGAAUGGCGUCGUCGACGAUCCAGUGGUACAGCAUCAGCAUUUUUACUCUCAUGGAGUCGCCGGACUCCACCGAGAACCGCAACGCCUUCAUUGAGCUUUGCAUUAUUACCCAGGCAUUUUCGCGGCGCUUUCCCCUAGCCAAGGGAAUUCUACGAAAGAUCCAAUUAUCUGUGAAUCAAACGCAGAUGGCGCUCCCUGAGGAGACAGACUCGCUAUUUACUGACUUCCAGGCGCUGGGCUCGAAGGAGCGUGACGCACGGGAAUUCAGCAGCUUCUACCCUCAUUUCAGCUCGGUCGUGCAGCAGGGGCUGGCCCGCAGGGGAGAUGUGGGCAGGGAUGCUCUCUGUUUCUCUCAGGCGAAGCAAGAUACGGACGUGUCGGAGGACGAUGCGGAGCGAGACAGCUCGGCUGAUGGGUGA